UAUAUUUACAAAUAUGAAGGAGAGGAAUAUCCCCCUCAAGUAAUUCAUGUGCAUCAGAAAACUUCUUCCAUCCAGCACACAAUGCAGUCCCCUCUGUGAUAUAAUUUAUGUUAUACUCUUUGCCUUUCUAAAAACUAAGGGAAUCUUGGAGAAAGACUAGCUUGGACCUUCUCUGCUUGUUCAACUGUAGGAGAAUUUGCUCGAGCAGGACCUUAAGCUUCAUGACUGAGGCUCUCUUAUGCUUUACAUCUUCUUCUUCCUCAAAGAAUGUCAACCUUGAUGUUCAGGGGAAGCCAUUGGAAACCAAGAUGAAGCAGACCCAGAUUCCUGAUAAGCCAACCAAGCUGGAAAAUGAUGCUAAACAAGUAGUAUGUGAUGAAUCCACAGAAACAAGGAGCUGUAAGCAUAAGAGAGCCAUAGCUGAUGAAGCUUAUGGUCUCGUUCAAGCAAAGGCUCCUGCAGUUGAACAAACAGAAAAGGUCCAAGCGAGUCUUUCUUCGAGAUUCUCUAGUUUCACAAAGACCUUGGUUAGAUCAAAUGUAAAUUCUGUAUUUUGGAUGCAUCUCCCAAUUCAAUUCUAUAAACUGGAUUUACCAAGGCAUGAUAUGACAGUUACCAUAGAACACGAGAAAGGCAGAGUAUAAAAUAACUUAAAUCUCCGGGAGAACUGCGUUGAGUGCUGAUGGAGGAAGUUUUCUGAUGCACAUGAAUUACUUGGGGGUGAUGUUUUGAAAAGGGCUAUGAAGAGGGAAAGGGGGAAGGAACAGGAAGAAACAGAAGAGUAAAGCUGAAACUUUCAGGGAGGUGAUGAAGAAACAAAAAUCCAGACAGGUCCGCGACAUGAAUGACAAAUACGCCCUAAGACUUCGGCUUGCAUCAUCUUCUUCCUCGAAGAAAGUCAAUCUUGAUGUCAUUCGGCAGGGGAAGCCAUUGGAAGCCAAGAUGAAUCAGACCCAGAUUCCUGACAAGCCAAUCAAGCCUGGAAAUGAUGCUAAACAAGUAGUAUGUGAUGAACCCACAGAGACAAGGAGCUGUAAGCAUAAGAGAGCCGUAGUUGAUGAAGCUUACGGUCUUGUUCAAGCAAAGUCUCCUACAGUUGAACAAGCAGAAAAGGUCCAAGCGAGUCUUUCUUCGAGAUUCCCUAGUUUCAUAAAGACUUUGGUUAGGUCAAAUGUAAAUUCUGUAUUUUGGAUGCAUCUACCAAUUCAAUUCUGUAAACUGCAUUUGCCAAGGCAUGACGUAACAGUUACCUUAGAAAACGAGAACGGCAAAGAGUAUAAAAUAAGUUUUAUCGCAGAGAGGACUGCAUUGAGCGCUGGAUGGAAAAAGUUUUCUGAUGCACAUGAAUUACUUGAGGGUGAUGUUCUAGUUUUCCAGUUAAUCAGUUCUACAAAGUUCAAGGUGUAUGUCGUAAGAGCAAAGAAUGCAAAGAAAGUUGAUGGAGAAUUGCCCUUGAUAGAUCUCGAUACAAGACUGAUUGAUUCCGUUCAUACAGAGACGAAUUCUAAGAGCACUAAAAGGCCUAAGCAUGUGAAGAUUCUUCCUUUGCUUCCUCCACCAGACAAUGUUCAGAACAACAGUCUGAAAGAAUUAGCCGAUCAUGCUACUGCAACCAAUAAAUCUGAGAACAACCACAAGAAUCUUGGCUCCAAAAAUCCAGUAGCCACGAGCUCUUCGGGACCUAUUGAUGGUACCAAGAACAUUGGAAGUAUAGAUUCUUUUACCAUUCUCCUGAAUGGUACAAGUAUUGAUUCUGAUAUCUCGAGUCACCAUAAGACCAAGUACUACGAGCUCUGCUGCAGUCAAAACUCACUUCUGCACGAGGAUCUUCUCAAGAGCAUCAACCAUAAACUGGCUGCAGAAAUAAUCACUCAGACUGUCAAUAUUGCCGAGGCCAUCACGGCCAGCAAACUUUGGACUUCGGAAUCAGACUAUGAUCUCUGGGAUAAAACGUUGAAAGGUUUGAGUUGUUGGGGAUGAAUGUUGGAUUUUUACGUGCUCGUGUGAAGAGAUUGAUGAAAAUUGCUUUUGAAUCCGAAGAGACCCUGAUUCACAGAGUUAUAGAGAGAUUAGUCUUCAGCAAGGUCGUGUAAAAGAGGAAAUGAGAUCAACUCAAUUGAGGCUUCUGAAAUUGCAAGAAACAUUGAGAAAGUUAAAUGAUGAGAUAGAGGUCCUUUCAGCGAGUUCCAAGAGGCUUAUGCUUAGAUUCGAGGAGGAGGUCAAUGCACCGUGGUGAUCAGGUUGACCAGGUUGAUGAUAGUCUGUUUCCAAGGUCCAAAGUUUACCGGCCCUGAUGGACUCAGCAAUGUUGACCAGGGAGGCAGUUAAUCCAAUGGUUAUUAACCUGAACCUCCACGGGAGUAGCCAUGGUUGUUCAAUAUGUACUGAUUUACUUCAAACCCAAGAAAGAAAAGAACAUAGCAGGUGAGUUAAUAUGGAUUUUCAGUAUAUACCAUUUAAGAGUAACAGAGGAAAUAGUGUUGAAUUCUUGUAA